AUGUCAGAAUCACUGCGCCUCCUGUCAGUGGUGGGCUUCGGCGGCUCUAUCCCCAACGGCCUCAUCCUGCACCCAGACGGCACCACCCUCAUCUACCCCCUGGGCUCCACGAUCGUCCUCAGAGACAAGGGCACCGUCGAGUCGCAGCAGUUCCUGCAGGGGCACACCGACAAGGUGUCAUGCCUGGCGAUAUCGAGGUCCGGGAAGUACCUGGCGUCGGGCCAGGUCACCUACAUGGGAUUCACGGCCGACAUCAUCGUGUGGGACAUGGAGGCAAGGGCUCUGCUUCAUCGCAUGAGCCUCCACAAGGUCAAAGUUCAGGCCCUCGAUUUCUCCUUUGAUGAACGACGGCUCGUCUCAUUGGGAGGACAAGAUGACAAUUCUCUGGUUCUGUGGAAUGUCGAGACGGGAGCUGCCAUCUGCGGAAGCCCCACCCACUCGGAUUUCACCCUCUGCGUUAAGUUCCUGAACAACUGCAGGGAUGUCUUGAUCACGGCGGGGAAGUACAACCUGAACGUCUGGGAGCACGACGGCCCCAACAACAAACUGCGCGAGAUGGACGUGCAGCUGGGCCAGCUGAGGCGGAUAUUCAACUGCAUUUGCAUAGACAGCCAAGAUCGAUUCGUAUACUGCGGGACAACCUCAGGCGACGUGCUUCAGAUCAGCAUCGAGACGAAGCUGAUGAAGAAUCUCGGCAUCGCAAAAGGUCCAAUUUCUUUGGGCGUCACGGCCUCGUGCCACACGCCGGAAGGUCGCUUAUUCGUAGGGGCGGGAGACGGCAGCAUACGGCUGCUGAAGGUGCCACCGGAGGCUGCCAAUCCAAAGUUGAUGAAAAAAAAUUCAGAGGUGGCCGUCAUCAAUGUGGAUGGCGCCAUUGCCUCCCUCGUCACCGAAGCGGAAACGCAGGCUGCCGUGUGCCUCCUCGUGGGGACGGUCAGCUGCAACCUCUAUCGCAUUACAUGGGCGGUGAAGGAAAUGAGGUUCACAUCCGAGCUCUUGCAGACGGCACACUCGGACAAAGUGAACGACUUGGCACUCCUGGGGGACUCCAGUGACGUGUUUGUCACCUGCGGCCUCGGCAACGUCCGGCUGUGGCACCUGGACACGUGCCGAGAGGUGCUCCGCAUCCGGGUGCCCAAUUUGGAGUGCCACUGUGUCGAUCUCUUUCGGGACGGCUCCUGCAUCGUCAGUGGAUGGAGCGAUGGCGCCAUCCGCGCCUUCGGCCCUCAGAGCGGCAAGCUGCUGUUCAGCAUCCACAACGCGCACCACAAAGCCGUCACGGCCAUUGCGAGCACGGGGGACUGCAACAGGAUCAUAUCUGGCGGGGAGGAGGGAAUGGUCCGCGUGUGGGGCAUCAGGGCCGAGAGCCAGGUCAUGGAGGCCUCCAUGAAGGAGCACAAGGGGCCCGUGAACUGCAUUCAGAUCAAGGAGAGCACGAGCGACGAGUGCGUCAGCUGCAGCUCGGACGGCAGCUGCAUCAUCUGGGACCUGACCACCUUCAAGCGCCGCAACAGCCUCUUCGCCAACACCUUCUUCAAGGCCGUGGUGUACCAGAGGGAUGAGAGCCAGCUGGUCACGGGAGGGACGGACAGAAAGAUCACUUACUGGGAUCCAUUCGACGGCCAGCCGAUACGCAUAUUGGACGGCUCUUCGGCCGAGCCCGUAAAUGCCCUGGCCAUCGACCCAGCCGGCGAGACCAUCGUCAGCGGGGGCUCCGACAAGUUAAUAAAGUUGUGGGGAUACGACGAGGGCCACUGCUACUACACCGGCGUCGCCCACAGCGGGCCCGUCGCCAAGGUUGCGAUCACCCAGGACAUGUCCCGAAUCCUGAGCGUUGGCGCCGAGGGCGGCAUUUUCGUGUGGGAGUUUGCAAAGCCCCGGCCCCUGCCCGAGGACAUCCCUCUGGACGGACAGGACGCGGAGUGA